AUGGCCAUGAACCCCAUGAUGCAGGGCUGCGGCAUGGGAAUGCCGCGCCCGGCCAUGGGCGGCGGCUGCAACCCGAUGGCUCAGCAGCAGAUGAUGAUGCAGCAACAGCAGCAGAUGAUGAUGCAGCAGCAGCAGAUGAUGAACUCCAUGAUGAUGGGAGGUGGCGGCUGUGAUAUGAAGAAGAUGCAAGACAUGAUGAAUCAGAUGAUGGGCCUCUCUGGUUCGAGUAAGAAGAGCAAGGGCGAGAAGUCUUCGAAGAAGAAGCCGAAGAGCAACGACAUGGUCAUCUUCGUAGGAGGUCUGCGAAAGACAACCGAAGAGGACAGAGUCACGGCGCACUUUGCCAAGUUCGGCCAGGUGGAGCAGGUGGACAUUAAGCGGCUCCCAGAUGGCACCUCCCGGGGGUUCGCCUUCGUAAAGUUCUCCGACCACGAUGCGGUUGAGAAGGUCAUCGACGCACAUGCGAAGCACAUGAUCGACAACAAGUGGGUGGAGGUCAAGCGCCACGAUGGAAUCGCUGCAUCGGCUGGGUUGACAACCUCCAUGCAGAAGGCUGAUCAUCACCCUUGCAGAACAAGAUAG